GGGCAAUACGAUAGGUGUCAAUUUUUUCGGCUGCCAUGUUUUUAACUCGUCGCGAUUACAGUGAAAUAAAUCGCGGGAAAAAGCAGUUCUCAUUCUUUUAAGAUUUUAAAUCUUUCGAAACGAGUCUUUGUAAAAGAGGUCUCGCAUCAUCACUAAAAAAUAAAAUGGAUAACUACUAAAAAUAAACCAAUCUCCAACGCAACAGGGCGGAACAACCACAUCAACACAAUUGACACACGACGAAUAGAACCUACCAAUGGAACCAUGAAUUUAUGUUAAAUUUUUAUUAUUUUCUUUACUGAAACUAAAACGAAAAUACAACAUAGACCAAGCAGCAGCAAUUCAACGUUAACAGAUCAUAGUAAAACACAUCAGCAAUACUUCGUUCGCAUUAUUCAACAAACUCAAAACUCUUCGUCCGUAUUUUCUCUCUCAUAUUUCAUAAAAAUUUUAUAAAUUCAUCGAAUAACUACGUUGCAGAGCCAGUUAACAGACAUUGAAUCAUAAUAUCCAAAAAAAGAGCGAUAAUGUUUGGUUUAAAAAUUUCACGUGAUUUGUUUGGUUUGCCUUGGAACCUUAAGGCACCAAUACAAAAUGAAUAGGAAAAGAGCGCGCCAUCAUUUGAAUAUAGGCCCGCGUAUAAACCGGCGCCAAUAUUAUUCACCCAACAAAUCCAAUUUCUCUGGAAUUGGAUUCAUCCUGUACCACGAAUGACAUCAAUUAUAAAUUACAAGAAGGUAUGAAGUACCCCCAGCUUGUAUCAACGCGUGCAGUGAACGCCAUCUCUGAUUGGUUAGUAUCUCGAUUGGAGCAAUUAGGCGUUGAGGCACCUCUCAUAUAUUCUAGACUUCUCUUAUCUCUUUUGCAUUCGUCUGUUCAAAUAAACGAUCCAAUUGAAUUCAGCAAUUUAGAAAGAUAUUUUGCUAAUCAAAAAGGCAGCAAACGUUUUCCUCCUUGCGAUACUGAAACAAUUAAGAAAUUCACUGCAGUUCAAUGCUUACUAGAUGCAGUCUCAACAGAGCAAGAGAUUUCACGUAUUGAAAAUUUAGUAGAUGAACUAUUUGAAAAGCUUAUUGAUUUAGAAAAGCAAUCCAACGAGGAAGAUUCGCCUGUACAUCAUCAAUUGCCAGCAUCAAUUAAAUCGUUGGACAUAGAGGAUCCAAGGAAACGAUAUUAUCGUGCUUUCCCUGCACUUUCAAAAGAGAUGGAAGAUUCGGUUUGGCGAUCUAAAUCGAACGAUAAGUCAUUAACAUGGCCAACUGGAAAUUCAGGAACGUCUAGUGCUAAUAUGGUUGCGUUAAAUAAUACAGCUGGGGUGAAAAGGAAAAAUAAACGACGACGAAAUCAAUCAAUGAACAAAACACGCGCGGCCAGUGCUCGUAAAAAUUCAUACGGUGGAAAUUCAUCGCCAACUUGGGAUACAGAUUUCGAGGGUAAUUGGGAGAUGGGCACGGACCUUAUAAAAGAGUUUCUAAUGUCACAAAAAAAUCGCAAUCGUAGCAUAUCAGAAAGUGAUGCUACAAGUUUUCGUUACGAGAAAAAUUCAGAGAAGCGUAUGAAGCCCGCAACAAACGAGUGCAUUAAAAGUGCUAAAAUUUCAAAUUUAAAUGGAAAGCCAAUAAAAAACAGUGUUGCUGAUAAUUUAAACAAAUCUUCGAAUUUAUCCUGCUCCUCACGUCGUUCAAGUGAAUUGGUUAAUAAAAGUGGGAUGCCCGGCAAUAUAAUUGCUACAAAAGAUGCUAAUGAAGCUGUCGUGGAGAACGAAGACGUUAUGCAUGCAUACCUCCCGUAUGAGGAACUAAUUUCUUUUAAAGAAUUCGAUAAUUUCUCUAAAAUGGCCCGCCGAUUAUAUCAAGAUGAAGCUGCCUUUAACAUUGAGAAACCGUCAGUGAAAGCAUUGCAACAGCAGCAAAAUGAUUUCGCAAAAUUCGAGGCGAAAUUCAAUAGCGACGUUGAGGCGUUGUGGAAAGAUAACAAGAAUAAUGAAAACUCAGAAAUGGCAUCUGCAGCUCGUGAUGUGAAAAGCCAACGAAACAUUGAUAAUUUCUGGACAAAUUAUUACAAUCAUCACUACAAUAAGAACAAUAUUGGUGAUAAAAGCAUUCGUUCAUUCGUUGAUAAAAGUAAAGCUGAAACAAGCGGCGUUUUCUAUUCACUACCACAUAAUUUUGGAAAGUUAGCGAACGAUAAUGACAGGAGCAUUGAGAAGGUCCAAGAUGACGAUUUACCAUCAGUUGGUGUGUUUUUGAACGAUUCAAUUUGGUCAGAUAACAGGAAGGAUUACAAUGAAGAUGAUAGUUUCUAUGGAAAUUGUUGGGCGCCGAAAAGCAGUGAGAAGGGUGACGUUUGUGACGGCAAAGACUUCCCGAAUCCAUUUAACAUCUCCAAAUGGUCUGAAUGUUCAUUCGAGACACCGUUCAUUCCAUCAAACACAUCUACGAGCACGGAAGCGGUCACCGGGAAAAGUCUGUACGGAUCAACAUACAAACAUCCAAUAGUUGCAGCCACAAAUAAAGCGAUCGGAAGUAACACCAUGUUUCAACAGCAGCAGCACCAUCACUCACAAAGUCAACUAUCCCAACCGAUAUCUCUACCCGACUACUACGGGUCGUCGUUGAGCUGCUUCGAAAAGAAUCGUUCAUUGUCACCAACAAAUGUGUCGGUGAUGGUGUCACAACAUCAGCAAGCACUUUCCACGUCCACAACUUCCACCACCACCACACGUACCGUAAGUCUUACUAAUCAUUCAAAAACUAGUGGGUUUAUAGAAUAUUCCAUUGUGAAAUCCUCGUCGUCAUUUUUUCAACUAAAUUCAAUUGGUAUAUUCGAUCGAACCACAAAUGCAAAUCAACCGCGCAAUACAAUGCCACAAGCAUCAGCAGGGUCACAGCCAGCUGCAGGAUUCGGGGAGGGAGCGGCAGCAUCAUUGAAUGAUUCGUCGGCGUCAUCGACACCUCCUCUUGAUGACGAUGAGAAUUUGCUUACUUCAUACCGCACGCAUUUUCGUCCUAUCAAGCAAAAUUAUGCGGAUGGCUAUCAAUUUGAUAUUUCGGGUAAUUUAGACGAGGUUGAGUUUGAGCGUUCCAAGUCGGGCGGUUUAUAUUUGGAAUCGGAAAGAUAUUUUGAAUAUACACGCUUUGAUACCUUCCUAUCCGACGAGGAUUCUACGUCAUCAUCGUCAAUAUGUUCAUUUGGCGAUGAGAACAGGCUUAAAGAUGUGGAAGAGGCUAUUAGACCGAGAGGGUUAUAUCCAUUGAAGUUCCGUAUGAAGCAGGUCGACAAACAGUGCCAGACAGAUGAUCUGGACCAGGCAGCAGAAACAGGGAAUCAGGCUGAUCUUAUUCUAAUUGCCAAAAAGCGUAACAUCAAUCACCAUGAUAAGGUUGAUUGCGCAGAUUGUGCCGUUGAUGAAGCGGAUUAUUCGACCGACAGCGAUGGUUACUUUAAUGAGGAAACCAGCAUCGAUUUGGAUCAAUGGAGUAUGGCGGAAAUAGGGAAGAAAUGUGCAGAUAAUAAUAACAGCCAUACAUUGUGGGGCAUGUGUCCGGCCUGCACUAAGGAGAAUAAAUGCGUGCCCGCCAACCGUUUGCUGAAAGAUGAACUUAUUGUGGAGGCGGAUGAAAUCAUGUCGGAUUUGAAAUAUAUGCAAGAUUUGUAUAUUUGUAGUGAUUGGGAGAAUGAGGACGAUGACGAAACUGAUAGUGAGCUUGAAGCCCUUAAAAAUGAUGAUGAUGAUGAGAGCGGCGGGUUUGGUAAUGAGAAUUCACUCGAUGAUGACGAAGACGACUACGAUAAUAAAGAGCAAGAGCAAAUCUUUUACAACAUUACCAAACUGAUUUCGGAUCUGCUAAAGCCGGAGAAUGCAAAAUCAUUGGUUAAUGUGCUGAGCGCAAGUGCCGCCAAUCAGAAUAAAAACAUCUUCAAAGGAAUGUGUUCCGAAGAUGAGUUGGCCGACAAUGGCAAUGCAUCCUUAUUCGAUUAUCAGAAGAAUGUAAUUUGGAAGAAUGUGAACAAUAAUAACGAGAAGUACAUCGGAGGGUUGUGGAGCAAUGAUGAGAAUAUAAUUUGGAAACGUGAAAUGAAGUCAUGGAACAAUUGGCCCCGAUUAAAUGACAAUAAGACUACGGCGUUUCUUGAAAAAUUGAACUGGAAGCAUGCAAACUUGGCAGCGAUCUGGAAAGGUAGCUCAACAACUGGGGCUGAUGAAAAUGAAAUUAAGUCAUGUUCACCGUCAUCUGAUAAGUGUGAAGGGAAGCAUCCUGUCGAGCCCGUCUCUGGAACAAUAAUGACCUCUUUCUCGGAAAAAUUAAAUUGGAAACAUGCGAAUUUGGCAGCACUCUGGAGCAAUGAAUCAACCGCGGAGCAAACGGAAAAGGAGAGUAAGUCGUCUUCGUCAUCGUCGAAUGGAAAAUUUCAAAAGAAUGAUACAAUCACUGCUUCUCCAAAAGAUCCGCAGGAGCAGUCUGAUGAACAUAUCGAAUCAAACAUGGCAAUGCUAAUGAAUAUGAAUAACCGAAAUUUGCGAAAUCCAAUAUCAUGGAACAUAUCGUCUUCAAAACGCUACACCGACUCCACUGAUUUAGUGCCACACCGGAAAAAUUCCCACCAAAUCAUCGAUCAGUCAGCGAAUUCUGAGACGGCAUCACAGGCUAUCGUGAAUCGGCCCGAUCGCAAGCGAAGGCAUUCCGCCUCGCAAAACAUGAGCUGUAACGGUAGCUGCACCAGCGAUAUUGGCAACAUGACAUUAGAAUGGUGUGGUGGCAUCAAUCGUCAAAUGUCCGCAAAGAUCGGCGACUGUAAUAAAGUUGAAAUAAAAACUAAAUGGAAAGCCGAUUCGAAUAAGCUAUCGGAUAUGAUGCAUGCCGAUGAUUCUUUGUCGUCGUCGUCACUAUCGCCGGAAACGACAAUAAUUACAUGUAAAUAUUGGACUACAAUGGAUACGACCCUGGCUUCACCGUACAUUUUGGACAAGAGCUCUCACUACGAUGGAAUUGGCGCAAUGGCAUUGAAUCCUUCAUCUAUAUUGCGGCAUGUGGCGGUGGUCUCGCGACCGCUAACACGUUGAAUUUGCUGACAAUUGUUUUUAAAACUCAUACACACACAAAAAGAUACACAUUUUGCAUACAAGUAAACACGAUAUGUAUAGUUAUAUUAUCAUUUAUUAUUUUUCAUUUGCUUCAUUUGUUGUUUCUAUUUUUAAAAGAGUUGAAAAAAAAAUCUAUUUUUCUGUUGAGUAAAAUAAUUCUAAAGGAGAUCGAGAUCUAUGCCACUAUCCUCCGUCCCUGUAAUUUGUUUGAUUAAAAACAUAUACUCACUUUUCAAUUACUUGAUUCCCGUUUUAGUUACAUUUUGCUAUUCCUAGAUGGACAUUAAUACACAAUUGUGGACAUUUGUCGGUUUGAAAAUCUUUCCAUAUGCAUAAGUUGAUUAGAGAGUUUGAAAGUUUUAAAACUCAUGAGAAUAAUUUGAAAGAAAGAGUAGUUCAGAGUCAUCCCUGGUUAGUUUGAUUUCGUUAAAAUCACAACAGAAAAACGUAAAGUAGCUGUGGGGAAAAGAGCAGGAUGAUUCGUACGCGAUUUAUAUGUUAUUGUAUCUACCCCAAUAGAUUUUACGUCCAUAAUUGUUUUGUUGAGAUCCAGUUGAUCUGGUCGGUGGUAUCUAGGACAUAGCAACGUGCGCUUCAUUCCUACUUUCCUUGACCUUUCUUUUUAAUUGUGUUAAUCUCGCCUCAGAGUUUUUUUAUAUUUUGCAUAUAUUCUAUUGUUUUUACACACGUGCAUGUGUUAGAUUUCGCAAGCUAAACAGCAUGUGUCUUCAACGCACGCAUUAACCAUUUUGUUUUCGAAAUUUGCUACCAUUAUGAGUGCAUGCAAGUGCGUUAAGUUAAGCGGGAAAAAAGGAAACACUGAGAAGGCAAAUUAUCCACUAAUUUCUAUGAUUUAUCAACUUCUCCACGUCAAGUUUCUAUUUUGCAAUCUAAGUAUGUAUAUCAGUAAACAGAUAAUUUACUGCUUCAAAAUAGCUGAGAUUCGUUUUGUUUUCUUUUCCUAAAUUAUAAAUGCGAUCGAGAUGCUUUGAAUGGUGACUUAGGCAGGUAACAACCACAACCAUAACCAUUAGAGCAGCUACUCGACAAAAGUACUUCUCAAGAUUUCGGUUAUUUAAGAGCGAUGUGUCGUGGUUGCACGAAUUUCAGCUAUUUGUAAAAAUGCACUUGAAUAAUCAAGCCUUUAUCAAAGAAGAAAAAAACAUUAUUGGUGUAAGUUUUGAUGUAAUUAAGAAAAUUUAUUCUCUAGAAAAAAAAAACACAUUUAUUCCGCUGAAAGAAAUAGUUUUUGAUUUUUGAGUUGCCAUUAUUUAGCGUUCAUUUAAUAUUUCAUGUAAAUAGAUAAAAAAUAUUCGCGAAAAUAAUUGUCUCGUGUUGUAUUCUAUUCUUUUAUAAGUGCAUUCUGUAUCCCACUUUUUUUGAACAUUCUUAAUUCUCUCCUUUUUUAGAUAAAAUACUAAUGAAAAACCAAAUAUUAUUUGCUCUGGUGAUUAGAAACCUGUUCAAAUCUAUUCAUAUAAAAAUAUAAACGUAACCUUCUACUUCUUUUAAUUUACGGAAAACACGAAACAUUUUUUAGUUGUCGAACAAUUCUAUAUUGUACACGAUCGAGAAAUAUAUUUGGUAAAGUAAAAUUGAUAUUUUACUUCAUUAUAAUAUUCGUUUUCUCAGAAAUAAAGAAGCGACGCUUUCGAGAAAGCAUUAUUUAAGAAAAAAUUGAAGUAACAGCGGAACCUAAGCCUUAUAAAACAUUGUAACUGUCAAUAGACCAUUUUGAUUUAGAUUAUUUAAAAAGAUAAAAAAAAAGUAUAGAUAAAUAUUUGUAAAAAGUUAUAAAAGAGAUUAAAUGCUACAAGAAACCGUAAAAUUAUGACAUCUAAAACCACAAGAACACUCAUUGGAGAAAAAAUUUCUGUGACAGCAUUAAAAUCAACUGAAAAUAGAAGUACUUGUUAAAACUGGAACCAUUUGGCUUGAUUUUUAUUUUUUUCGUAGUUGAUUUUAUCUUUUCGAAAUUGGACUUUGAAGCUAAAGAAGAAAAGAAAUGUCCGAGAAAGAUACAAUGUUAUGUAAAUAUGAAAUGCAGAAGAGUAUAUUGACUAAGAGUCCUUAAAGUUUUUAGCUUCAAAGUUUUAUUUUUGUUUUAUGACAUCUAUAAAAACAUGUAGAGAUUUUUACACUACAAAAUCGAGCGUUUGUUUUGGAAGGUGAUGGCUGAAUAGAGUAUCUAUCGGUUUGUUUUUAAUUGAGGUACAAACUUGAUUUCAUCGCUAUUUGGAUCGGGUAUGUAAUACUAUGAAUGUAGUUGACAGCACGGUUUAUAUUAAUUUUCAAUAUUGGUUUGUAAAUAGCACACUAACAAGAAUAACAGUGUAUGUUCUGCCAAAUUUUUUACAAUUUUCACUUUUAGAUAAUUUAAGAACAAUUUAGCAAAUUUUCAUUUAUCCAAAAGAAUUUUUGUUUAGUGAUUGAGGAUGGUAUGCAAAAUAGCACUGAUUGAAGCCAAAUUACCACAAUAUUUUUGUGCGUAAGUCAGAGUGGUCUGUUUUUUAAGGAAACAAACUGCCGAAAUUCUUCAGCAAUCCCAGCAAUUUUAUUUGAUGUGGCAACAGUGGAGAAGCAACACCACUUCAAAUCAGUGGAUAGUUUUUAUUCACACGCCUUACGUAGUCAAAUUCAUGACAACUUUACGAUCAUAAUAGAAUGGCACAAAAAUCAAUUAAAACAGUGGAAAAAUCUUAUUCCAAAAUAUUUGUCAAAGAAAUAACUUUAUUUUCAAGUUUUAUUAAUUCUACACAUAUUAGAGAAUCACACUCUGCAAACAAAUCAAAAAGUAACAAAAGUGAGCUUGUGUAACUAAAACGAUUUGUCUGAUUAUAUCCAAAUCAUUCUCAGAAAAUUUUCAAUUUUAAAUACGGAUUUAAUUGAUGCAUUUGUUAACUUAACUCAUUUCUUGGGGUAAAGUUUUUAUGUGGGUCAAAAGCAAGAAGACUACAUACAGGAGGAGCAAAUCGAGUUUCUAGGCAGCACGGAAUGUCAUUGGAUAUACCCUGUUAGAUUCGAGGGGGAUAACUGGCGCGUGGUUAAUAAUAUAGUCUGCCGGUGGCGCGUAGAUGAUUUUCUUCUUCUUUCACCAUCUCAUGUGGUGGCAAGCUGUGUUCAAAACCAAUGUGGGCGCACACUAAUCCAUUGCAUCACAUAUACGACACUAACAACAAAUUUUUCAUGCGCAAUUGAUUGAAAAAUGUCAAACAUGUGCAAUGCUUUUCUUCUACCAUACAAAUUCAAACAAUAUGGCGGGAGACGAAUCUUCUGUAAGAAGUCUACUCUAUACUAGAAACGAAGAGUAGCUAUCGAUGAAAAUGUAAACUUUUUCGAAAUUUUUAUUUAAUCCUCUCCUUUAGCUUCAAGUCAUUUCGCCCACCAAUCUCUUAACAUUAAGAAUUAAGAAUUCGUGUGGCCUAAAUCUUGAGGUACAAUUGAGGACGGGAAUAUGAACCGACAAUUUAAUUUCAUGCAAUGGGUCUCUAUGGUGCAAUAUACGAGGGGGAACAAAAAAUACAGGAAAUUAGUCAAAACUUCUUUAUAUGCCAAAUUUUGACCAUCUUUAAAGUAUUCUCCAUUAACCACAACGAAUUUCUCCAAACAAUAUUUCCAUUGUUCAAAACAGUUUUCAAAUUCUCUUAUCGGGAUGUUCUUUGCCUUCUAACGAUUUUUGUUUAGCUCCUGCACAGUUUCGGGAAGCUUUCUUUUCAUGUCCUUUUUUAGUUUGCGGAACGAAAAGAAAUCACAAGGCUAGAUCUGGUGAAUACGGGGUGGACAAUCGGUGUUUGCCGUUUUUGGUCAAAAACUGCAAUACAGAGAGAGACCGGUGUGGGCCGGCGCGUUGUCAUGAUGGAAGAACCAGCCGCCUGUGCGCCUGAGAUCUGUCCUUUUCUUUCUUUCUUCUUCAUCAAUUUUUUUCAAAACCUCCAAAUAUAACUCCUGGUUGACAGUUUUAUCCGGAAGAACGCUCUCUACGUGCACAACACCUUUGUAAUCAAAGAAACAAAUGAGCAUUGUCUUGAAUUUUGAUAUCUUUUGGCGAGCUUUUUUGGAACAAAGAGAACCAGCGAGUGACAAAUUUGAUUGCAGCCUUCUCAUGUGCAAAUCUUUCGAUAAAAUCCGGCGAGGGUCUUCACAAGCGAGGGCAUUCGUCACUUCUUGACGUUGGAGGGCGUCCUGAAUGGGGUUGGUUUUCAACUGAUAUUUCUCCAUUUUUAAAACGUGAAAACCAUUCAUAGACUCUGGUUUUAAGCAGGAAACACAGCAGCGGAAUGAAUAUCUGCGUGCGCAGUGAGAGAGCUGUCAAAUGGAGUUCACUACUAGGACUUGUAUCAAGCAAUAUAUAACAAAUCCGUUGCAAUACGGCACGCAAAAAAGUUCGGUAAACACUUCACGUAAUUUGCAAUUUGGCGACGCUUUUCGUUUUCGACACUUAUUUUUGAAUAUACUCAAUUUGAAUGAAUUCGUUUUGAGAACUGCGAAAGCACUAUUUGCGUUUCAAAUGCUAAUUAUUAAUGUCCCGUCGCUUCCAUUCAUAAAAAUAGAAUUUAAGCCGGAGGUAUGUGCAGUCCUAGCUGCAUCAAUUGUAUGAUUUUAAUAACACGCAGGUCUAUUGUCCGCGCGGCAUUCCAUCGCAAUUAGCGUAUGCAUCUGAAAUAAUAAAAACUUGUUGUUUCUUUUUCGUUGGGGUGAAUAUUUAUUCUUGCAAACACCGCAUAAUUUCACUCAGAUAGCGUAUGAAACUUCCUAUAUUUUAUGUUAGGAAAUUCAUACAAUUAUUCGAAUGACGUGGAAAGUCAGCAAACUGUUAUCCCAAUGUAUCGCGCCGUCGUGAUGCUUUGAUUGUAAGUUGAGAACGCAAACGAGGUAUCGCCACGUUGUCUCGCUCAGUCACGUUCAGUCUAUCUCCUAGUUUUCAUUUUAUCUGCGCAUUCUAGAAGAUAAAAUAUAAGUAAAAAAUAUCCCCAGUACGUAUACAGUCUCCAGAUGCUGCUCCGCUUUUGCGUUGCGGGUAAUAUAACAGUUGUCAACCUCCUUUACCUAGCAAAUAUUAAUUCGCCAGUUUUCGUUAUUGUCGCGGACAUUGAAAAUUCACCGCUCUUUACACACUACUCGUUACAGUUAUUGAUGUUUUCCAAGCACCUCGUAAUAAAGCUAAUCCCGAGCAACUCAUCCACACUUGGAAUGGUUGUCUCAUGCUGUGCAAUCUACGACUAAAUCUGAAGAAAACAGAGUUUCUGACCACCGAUCUGUCUAUAAUUAAGCGACCCAAGAGCAUCGGAUUAAUGCUGUUGUGUGUUAAUGUCGAACUAAGUCAUGAAAUUGCGCAACCGGAAUGAAAUGGAAUUUUUUUACGGUAGACGCAUUAACGAACGCUUUAAAUCCAAAAUCAAUCGCAAUAUCGUUCGUUCCUUCACUCUUUAUGAAGUCAGGUAUGUGGCAGCCACCAAAGGCAAUGAACUCCGCCCCGUAGGAUAGACAUAUCCGAUGCAACGUUGCACCCAAGCCACAGAAGCAUACUCGAUAGUAUGGCUCUGUCGUUCGCGCUGAUAACCCACUAGUCAAGUUCGAUUAUUAAACCUCUUCACUCCUUUCAGAACAAGUUUACGAUCGAUAGUGGUGAGCCUAGAAGCGGCUUCUACUCGAGUUAAAUAAUUCAUAGAACACUUUAUGCCUUCAUAAUUCAUUAUCUUUUUUUGCCCAGCUAGGAUCACCUAGAUGUGGGUGAUUUGAAUUAAUAAUUCGUGUUGUGUCGGCGUUGCUUCUUUGCAAUAAUUUUUUUCAAGACCUCCAAGUUACGCAUCAUUUCACGAAAAUCUUUCUUCCUCUUCCUAUAUUCCAUCUUUUCAAUUUGUUAUGCGUCAGAUUUUGAGAAUACGAUUUCCCCAGCGCAAUUGCAUCUGCUUCUAUCCGUUGUUUUAUUUGUUGCUUCGUUAUCUGUGUGGUAGUUUGUCAAUGUUUCGUCAAUGAUUAGAUGCUGUAGAGCUAAUCCGUGUAGAGUCUUGCAGAAUUUAUUUAAGUGGCUAGUGCAAUUGCGGAGCAGUUUAGGCGUAGUAAACAGUUGUAAAUUAUGCGUUGAACCACGAGCUCGUCGACGUUUUUAAUUAGUUGUUGGCAUAUAUGGCACACGACUUGGGCUAGUUUUUUUCUAGCAGAACGUCUGCCUCAGUUGAUGUGUCUGUGGCCUCACUUAUUACAUGUGGUCGCACUUUCUGAUCCCCUAAUACAAUUUGGUGGAAACUUCUAACGACUUCACCAGCUGUAGCCUCACUUUUGGCGCUAAUUUAACAAAUCAUAUAUAUAUCAUUAUACAUUCUAAAGGGCCAAACUUGAGAACACCCACACAAAAACUCUUUAUGUAAGUUUGCAUGCGCUUGUAAAUCCGGGCGAGUGCCCGGUUUUGACACAAAUCAAUAGGGAAUUCGCCGCAAGCGUGUAGAAACUUCUUAAUGUUAUUAGGGAGAACCUUGCAUUUGGGACCCUCACAGCUGUGAACAUAAGGAUAAAAGGAAAAUAGCCGAUGCAUGGAGUCGCCUUAGCAAAACUUGUCUGUCUUGCUUGCCUGUUGUGUGGAUGGCGAUGUAUGAUUCCCCAAAAACAAGCCAAACUUUUGUAGGAGUUUGGUUGGAAGGGCUAAGCGGAUGGACUCACCAUAAUGAUUAAUAACAAUACGAAAUUAAUUUUCCCUUUCUUUAAUAAAUACGGAAGCCGUCACUUUUGAGUGAUUGCAGCGCAUUGAAAUCGAAUAAGGCAGGUUGUCUAUUUAUUGAAAUGCUUACUGUCCUGCUUCAAUAUACUCUUAGUUUGUUGCAUGCUACAAACUUUUUCCACUUUACUAAACAAGCCUUGGAGUCCUGGAGUGGAGAAUACUAACAAGCAUCUAGAGUAAGCCCUGGUGCUCAACGACUACAUAAUUUUUUUCCACUGAAAUAAAUCAACAACUUUGGCCUCGACACUUCUUUUUCAAAGAGCAGAAGACAUGAAAACAUCAUCAAACUAGCAACUUCCACUGAAGACUAAACGUUGACAUUUGACAUCCCACAGUACUCAACACAUCUUUUUUAUAACUUAGAAAUACUGAAUCGGACACGAAUAAGCUCAGAAAUCACUCAAAGUGCCGAAUAAUUAAUGCAACACCAACUAAAGUCAAAUUAUCGCUUGAAGUCAAACUUUCCAUUAUCGCUAGUCUUAUAGGGAUUGCCUGCCAGUCGGUUUCUCAGGGCUACUCUACAUGAAUACCUAAACGUUGCUGCUUCUUUUACCAGACUAUAGAGUGCAUUGCCAAUAUCCUUCAAGUUUAUAUUGGUGCUUCCUUUUUUUAGAGUGGCUUUUUCUCAAAGCACAACUUGGCAUUUGUUGCAAAAUUUUCGUUACAGUGCUCGCAACUGAAUUUAUUUAGUUGUUUCUUUGGGGUCCAUGUUUCAUAAGUUGUCAGGGAGCGCCCUACUUUUGACCCUCUCGUUCUUAAUUUAUUUGAACCGUGGACAUCACACUUUUCAAUAUUUAUCACUAUCGGUUUGGAAGUUUGCAGUUUCUGUGGAAUAUCCGCUAAGAGGGGCACGGCUUAUGGACUGUCCACAUUUCCAUUGUUUUUACGAUAAAAUACUAAUUAAUGAAAAUUUGAUUAUUAAGUUCCUAAGAUUAAGCUUCCCAUGUAAUCUUCUUACUGACAUUUGCGAGGGCUAGCGAACCUAAGCUCGAGUGAUCUGAAAUGAAUGAUCAGUCAACAAUCUUGAAUAUAAAAAUUUUAUUGGUUAUAUGGCGUGGUAUAGUCGAUACAUUUUGCGGACAUUAUGUCAGAAAAAUUAUAUCCGACAUAUGAUGUCUGACGGCCAAUGCACCGUUUUGAGAAAUUCGCCUCCAAUCUUUCCAGCAUGAUUCGGUCAAGAGGUUGAUUUCUUUUCGGAUUGCUUCUUCAAUCCGUCGGUGGUGUUUUUUUUUUAAUUCGUGGGAAAGCUCUGUUCUAAAGCCUAAUGUUCCGUGGUUGCAACUUAAAGCGAAAUACUAUGAAGCAAACAAUCAAAACCUACGUAACGCAAGUUUUAUGUUGAUGGUAUUAACUUACUAAUUAGUGUCGCUCGUCAGGGCAGAGGCAAACAAGGCCAUAAAGUUGUUUGUUCCAAAUAUAUUAACUCAAAUGGGCAAAAAUUAUAUCGACUGAAAACUACCUUAACUGGUUUGAGCCCAGACAUAAUUUUUUUUUGUUUAAAACGUAACGAGGUUUCGAAUCCACUUGAUGUUUGAUAAUUAAGAGCAGCUGAUUACCACAUGACGUGUGAAUAACUCGUUUUGGAUACUCUUUUGAAAUUCAAAGAUCGCUGACGGUUUCGUCCUGGACACGGGUAACUCCGUAGACGAUGCCUCACUUCUGACCUGGAAGCAGUAUGACCAAAAGCGAUUGCAAGUGCGUAAUUUAUGGUUGCUCCUUCCUCUAGUAAUCCGAGAAUUUCAGAAUUUUGUAGUUUAUGGCGUACCUUUCGUAACAGACGGAAUGUAAUAUUUGCAACGCUUCUUGAUUAGAAGGUCUUCAAUAACCUUGGAUGGUGUCGGGGUUGGCUCGUGGUCAGUAUCAUUUUGUUGAUGACCAUUGUUGCUUAUGGCUUUUGACAUGUUGAAAAUUUCCCUUGUCUCAGACGCUAAUGAAUGAAGUAUACAGUAAUGGACCAGACUGGCUACACACUUCAAUGGGUCGUAGUUUUGAGGACAAUUUACUAAAUGAAAUGGUUAUUGUUCUAAUCUCACAUUCACGGCAGCAUUAACUCUAUAGAACACAUGGAAUGACUAAUCUAUACAAUAUUUCAUACUCAGGCGUCAUAGGAAUCUCUCCCAGAUUUUUUUUAUCAAAACUUUAGCAUUUCCAUUAUAAAAACGUGAAGUAGAAUCAAAGGAGAACUCUUGACAUUUUUAUCAUUUUCCUCUUUUUAAUAUUGGUUGUCUCAGGGAUAGUUCCAUCCCCGAAAGGCACUGAAGAAUAGUGAUCAGAGUCAGCCAAAAUGGGCGCUUUUCUAGGGGAAAGUGGGACAAUUGAAAUGACAGUUGUAGACUCAAAAUAUUCUGAAAGUCACCCCCUCCGCCAUCGCCUCCAUAGGCAGCCAGUUCGAUCGUUUUCUCUCUUGCCUCCUGCUUUCAAUUUUUCAUGAGCUUAUUUUAAGGUAGCCAUUGUGGAAUUAAUAGUGUUCGAACAAAAAUGAAAAGUUACACAUGGGAUUAGUGAGGAAAUUGAUUAUCUUUGUAUGACGAUAUCUGACUAUUUAUCAAACAUUUACAUAUGUUCAUAUGAUGAUUCCAUUGCCAUAGUAGAACACAAAUCUUCUUUUAAUUUCCAGUGAUUGGUUCAUUUAGUUCGAAUAGUUCCCGACGAAAAACACUUGAUUUGGUCGUUACUAUUAGCAGUAGAUUUAGGAGUUGUCUUUUGGAUGUUUGUAACAGGAGUAGCGCUGAAUGCAUCUCAAAGUACAGAACUCCUUUGCCGGCCCAUCGAUUUGAUAGCUUGGUUUUUUUAACGCAACUCGGCUUAAAAUGAAAUUUGUGAUGGCGCAUUGUUCUUUUGCAACUGGUUUCUGUGUGGAUGAACUAAUUUCCCAAUAUCAAAAGUGACUCAUUGCAAAAAUUAAUCGAAUUGUGCAAAUGUUAAUUCAAUGUUUAAUUUUGGUUCUUGUGGAAUCCAAAUAUUUAAGAUGUUUUAUGUUUGGCUGCCAUUUUUUUAAUUUGCAAUGAGAGGAACUGAGCAAGUAAUCGAUUUGAUGUGUAGAAAUGGAUGCAUUUUCUUUAAUGGUGCUGACACUUUUAUCAAGAGUCCUUCCUUUUCUAAAACAUUCAAUAUAACGUACUGGAAACCCGUUAGGUGAUACCUCUCCAUGCCACUGUGAGCAUUGUAGUUGCUGCCAAGUGCAUGAAUAGUUUAGGAUUUUUUAUUUCCUGAAUCUCAAUUAGUUUAUAGGUGUGAUACCAAUAAAAUAUUUUCCGCUGAACUAUUCACAGGCAGAUUUCAGUUUGACGUGCUGAUUUUCGUUGAUUAAAGAAUUCAGCUUCUUUCCUAUGUUAUCAAAAUCUGGGAAAGGUAGAAUUCAAUUUCCACAAUUUCAUGCUAGCCUCGAAACUGCUGAAGCUACUAAGAAUUUUGAUAUUUGCGCAGUUAAACCGUUCACCAAUAUAUCAUGUAUUCCAGAUAAUGAUACGAACACAAAGCCUGUCUAACAGACAAAACAGAUAGUAAACUUAUCAACUUUCGUCUACUCAAAACCUUUAAAAUAAUUUCACUGGCAUUUUCUUUCUAGUGCUGCAAAUUCUGUAUUUCAUUCCCACGAUCAAGGCCUUAUGUAUGGUCGUGAUACGUGAUCAUUCCUUGGUUGACAUUACAUUCACAGUUUUAUCUAUAAAAAUAUAUUUUCACUUUCAUCAGCCAAAAUAGGAAUUUUGAUUUCAUAAUUGACUUGAUUUCCAUUUAGUUUUGUUUUGUUUUCUGUUUGAAUCCUAAUUCUUAAGUUCAAGGUACACUUUCACUUUGGGCGAACUUUCCGCCAGCUAAUUUUCUGUUAGUCACCACUGUUCUGCAGAGGAGGAGGAGAAUAUCUUCCCCUAGAUCUAAAUAUUACACAGGUUCACAGUACAUUGCGAUGGUUUGAUGUUAGUUUUCGGCUGAAACACUAGUUUAAGGUCGCCACAUUUUUUGUCGCACACAACCUCUUGAAAAUGUUACAUCAGACUCAUGAUUGCGAUAAGUGAAACUCAAAAUAUUUGCUUUGAAAUUUGCAAGGUGUCAUGUGCUUUUGAUUGUGAAAGAUUUCUUAUCACUCUAGAAUUUAUAUGAUACUUUGUCGAAGACUUAUCUAAGAAGAGUCUACUGAGAAUUAUUUUCUGCGUUUCAGAGCGCCUUUUAUUACAGAGAUUAGUCGGUGAAUUCGGUCAUUGGUGCUACGAUUCCGCUCUUUAUUAGAUGAUACGAUAGUCGAAUUGGUUGAGAGUUGAUUGCACACCCUGGUUCGAAUUCUACGUAGUUUCGUUAUGGAGAAGGAAAAAGUCUACCCGGCUAACGUCGGGCCUGUAGGAAGGUUAGGGAAUUUUUGCAAUGCUACUUCUUCUCAGUCAGGUGAUCGGCAACCACGAAGUAGAUAUGAGAUGGCGGCAAUUUCUGGUCGCAUUCGACUGACCCGCCGCUUCAAGCUUUAUAAUGCUUUCAUGUUAAAAACACCCUUCUUGUCAAAAAUAACAAUCAGAAAUGCUUUGAAUCUGGACUUUGACAUGCGAUCCUUCUUUUAACACGGCUAUUGCGGAGUGUGCUAUUCGCUGCUUUGCUGUUUUGUUUUAGGUUCAUACUCGAAAAUCCGAGUUUCAUUUCCGUUAAAGAUUCAAUGGAUCGCAAAAGAUCUUUUGAAACGGCCUCACGAGGUUGUUUCCGAUCAUCAGUCAACACUUUCGGGAAGAGCAAAUCUUUCUCGUCGAUGAUUUUGUGCACAAGCGUUUUAUCGAUUCCCGGCGUUACCCCGAUCAUACAAACACUUAAACGCCAGUUCAUGUUCAACAGAUUUCGCAAACGUUCCUCUUUGUCUUCGGUUUUGGAGGCUGACGAGUGAUCUGCUGGGAUUCGUCCUCAACGUUCCCUCGACUUUCUUUUAACUUAGCUUGUGAUAAGUCUUCACUGCCGUACACUUCCCAAAGCAAUUUCAGCGUCUAAUAGAUUUUCCAAAGCAAGCACAAAACUUGAUUGAGCUUACAUACACUUGUUCUUGCACGUCUACUCGGUGGAUCACAUCUCUACUAAAUACAACAACCGUCAAAUAGGGCACUUUCAAGGUCAAGCUCCCCCACUAACAAUUCCAUUCGAUACGAGAGAUGAUAUGAGAUCUCGAUUAGUAGUUGUCGAGGCCAUUUUUCAUUGCAGUACCUAAAGUUGGAGCCAGCAAAUCAGAUCCGGUUACUUUCUAAUUUUUCCACACCAGUUUGUUGUGUUUGGUUUUUGGGAAACAUCAGUGGGGAAGCGUCUUGCAGUAAUUAUUAACAUUCCUUUCAAUCUCACGUUGCGUUUUAUCAAAUUCUAGGUAAAUAUUUUCGCCAAACUUUCUAUUGAAUAGGAUCCACAGAGCAAUCUUACACGGUCAGUCUUUCAUCAGCCUGUCAUAAGUCAAUCCAUCAAAAAUGGAGUCAUGAAAAACUAAUGGGCUGAUAAUUAGGAUCAUAAGAAAGUAGAAUAUCUUGCUUGCAAUUAAACAUUCAAACAAUUCAGUAGUCAUGUUUCGACUAACAACAUAAUGACAGCUCCUCUACACUCAGCCUGCCAUCAGGCCAAGUAAAAUGACAGAUUAUAUUUAAAAAUUUAAAUAUUCGUCGGUCAGGUUCAUCUCACUCUGAUUGAUGCUGUAAGCGUAUCGCUUGCUCAGUAUUAGGUUUGAUGAUAAUGAAACUGAAGCACAGUUACAUUGAAAAUAGAGGAAAAAGAUCAACAACAACAAAUAAACUGUGAAUGCCCUAUAUUUCAAGGAGUGAAAAGGAGGUAAACAUGCCAAUAUUUCACGUUUUCUGUAGCGCGUCUUUGUUUUAACAUUUUCCAUAACACUUUCGGGACUGAGUGUAAUUAUGCGGUGUCUCCAACGAUUAAUUAUUUGAAAUAACAAAAAACUUGUUGUUUCGUUUUCGUUGGUGUAAAUAUUUAUUCUUGCAAAUACCGAUAUUUUGGGAACCACUUGUUCCCUUCAUCAGUGCUAACAAGUCCCUUGUGGGACACCAACGAAAAAGAAACAACAAGUUUUUUAUUAUUUCAAACUUUCGGGACAUUUUUUUGUCCUACGUUCCUUUAGUUCACAUUUGAAUAUUUCUCUUCUUCCACUUGUGCCAAAACUAUUCCUUAUCAAAAAUACAAAUGAAGAUAACAUAUAACGAUUCCGAGCUAAAUUUUCCAUUUUUUACGUGACGGAAUUAAAGGUUAUUCCUUUCUUAGGUACAACGUGCUUUAUAAGCAAAUGCCGUAUUUCGGGAAAAACUGAUUCGGGAAAUUCGGAAUUUGUUCGACAAAUUAUUUUGUGGCCAAUAAAGGAGGAACGUUCUUUAAUUCCAUCACUUGAAAUACUUUCAUUUACGCUCUUUAAGAAAAUUGCUGAAUAUUCACCGUUAAUACAGAUAGAAUUACACUAGGCUAAUGACCUUUAUGAUUUGACUGUAUAUCUCAAACUAGUUUCCCGGAAACAUUGAAAGUUAUUUGGUAGAGGAAGAUUUGAAAUUUGCUAAAUUGUUUUCAUUUCAAUUGGAUGUGGUAAUAAAAUAUACUAAUCGAUGCAGACGAACAAUUAAAUCACGCAUCUUAUCAGCUGUUGACUGAGUAAAGGAGAAAAGAAAGAAUACAAUAGAAGAAAAUAAGGCAAAUACUUGAGAACCUUCUAAUUAUUGCAUGGUAACUAAACGAACCGUCCUCUAUUGAACCAUUUAACCGAGGUUGUCUAAUUUUCUUAUUUCUAUAAAUCAGCAAUAAAUUCCGGCUAAGCGUUAUGAUUUGUCGACAAUCUAUGUUCGUGAAUAUUUUGAAUUGAAAUCAAAUCUUACACCAUUAAUGUUAAAUGUAAAUAUGUAAUUAGUUUUCUUGAGUAUAACUACUGAUUAAUACACUUAGCCUAAGAAAAAUUGCAUAAAUAUUGUGCAACUCUUUAAAAAAGCGAAACUAAGUUGAUUAGCAGAUAAUCGUAUUUAUUUAUGAUUUUUUUUUUAUUUUAUUUUUGUCUUAACUUAUGUAAAUAUACGUUGUUUUGUUGGUAUAAACAUUAGGAAUAUGUACAGCCGUAUCAAAUUAUCAACCCUCCGGAUGAUAUCCUGUUUAAGUAAUUCUUUUAAGUUCCAUAUUUAUAGAACUUCUGUUUAAUGUGACCACAAUUGGAUGUUGAAUAGAGUGAAAAGUAAUUUAAAAUGUGAACAAUUGCUAAUAACUAUCAAAAAUAUAGUUUUAUCGCAACGAAAGCUUUCAUUGGGAAAGUAAAUAUUAUGAAGCUAUGAACACUGAGUCGAAACUUGAAACUUACAUCAGGUCGAGUGACAUGAUUCAAUAUUCCCAAAAAAGGCAAAUCUAAAUGCUUCUUUAAUCUAAUUUAUCGUUGGUUUGAUUUAAGUGCAACGACAAUCAGCGCAUUAUGCUACAAAAUUAGUUUUUGAUAACUGGAUAAAUGAUUGUCGUCAAAUUACCUUAAUCGAAACAAAAAAAAACGAAAUUAUCACAAGAACUCCUUUAGCUGUUUUUUGUUUGCACAUAUUCGUAUGUUCCUGCAGUUUUUACCUUCUUUAAAUACAAACUUUACCUACAAAAAUAUUUUAUUGUAUAUCUAUAAAAUCUAUAGCUAAACAUGAGUAGGUACACGCAACAGAACUCGGAUAAACAAAAGGAAAAAAAAAACAUAAUUAUAUUUGACAAAGUAAAUAUAUAUUUUAAAAGUUAAGAUGAAUAUAAAUUAGUUGUUAAUCGAAAUCAUUUAAUCCAUAAAACAAAAGAAACAAACAAAGAAAAAAGAAUAAAAAAAAAUAUGAAAACUUAUUUAUAUACAAUAUUUUUUAAUUUAAAAUCUGCUAUAUUUUUUUAUCGUUUAUUUGCGAACAACUGUGAUUAAAAUAUUAUAAAUUGUGUACACUGUAAAAUAUUUAACCAAUUAAUUUAGUCUCAAAUGAACGAAAAUGUUCAUAGUGCAUGAAAUCAGAUACCUGUUCAAUCGUUCAGCAUUUUAUAGAGACUCGUAUUAACAUUCAAAAGCAAAAAAAAAAAUUAAGAGUAUACAGAAAGCCCCAUGUGCAGAGAGGCAGUAAUGAAUCGUUCUCCGUAAUGAAAGCAUGAGUUUUAAAAAAAGUCGACGCAUGGUUUAAUUCAGUCUUAUUUAAGUCAAAAGUUUCAAAAGACGGAUUCUGUUCAGCGCGAAAUUCAGAAAAACAUGUCUCGAAAUUUGAAUGCUCAUAUGAUAACGAGUGUUUUUGCGAGUAGUCCACCCUAAAAAGUUUAAAAACAUGAAGUAACUGAUAUCGCGUAAAGAUUGCUUUAGAACUCUUCCCCCCUCCAAAAUCUUGUCUAUUCACUCGAAGUACUAUUUGCUUUCAGAUGUUUUUAAGUUUACAGACAGGGACAGGUUACAGACAAGUUAAAUCUAGAAUUUGAAUUGAAACCACAAAAAUAUAAUUCAUUAAGAAAUCACCACGCCGCCCUAGAUGUGACGCUGGCAUUGAAUUGGAAAUUGGAUACUUGAAACUCUCUCCAAAAGUUUGGUUCUGCAAAAACUGGUAUCUGUUUCUAGUGGCAUAGCUCUAUCAACAACACAUUGAUCGCCUCAAAAUUUAGACGGAAAUCGAACAUCAGUACCAGUGUAUUAUCCUUCCUUGUAAACUUUUUUGUUUCUGCCACUGGUGCCAAUUUCACAGUUGUUUUCUAACGAGUUUUGGAUGUAGACUGUUUCACUUCUAUAUGUGAAUAAUAAUUUUCUUUUACCCUACCUUUUGUUCACAAUGCUUCGUACUCAUCUGUUAAUUAAAUUCCAACCCUGUUAGGUUUUUCCCCUCCGUUCAGUUUAUCUUUUUUUCGUACGUCGUCCACUUAAUUCGAUAGAUAAUUUCGGGUGCGGUGUAGACACUAGCGGAAGCUCUAUGGGAGUCUGAACUUCUUUUUCGAUCAACGUUUGGAGAUUACCGUAUCGCUAAUCCAAAACACCUCACGCCUUUUCAUAAUUUUCUCCGUAUACACCCGGAUGCUGUACAACUAAUUUCGCAUCUCCAUCCAGUUUACUUUGCAGCAUAAUCAAUUUUUUGCUUUUCAAAUUUUGGAUACAUCGUAAAUCGAAUUGAAAAUGCUGCUCAAGUCUCCACUAAACGGGGGUAGCCCCCAUACCGGUGAGUAGGGCCUAGACGAUACCAGGGAUUCCAAGAUGGCCAGUCCUCAGCUAGGUGUCUCACCGUCCCAUAAUUACAUCCAUAUUGCUGAAACUUGAUUGCGCCGCUCCAAUUACGGGAAUUUGCACCAUUGUGGACUCUUCAGGUCCUCCAACCCCACGGGAUUCUGCUCAGCUUCGUUUUGACUGUUACCUUUACCUUCUGGAACCUAUUCAAGUAAUCUCGAUGGGCCUGGACUGUCCCUGACUACAUCUUCGGCAUUGACAUCACCUUUUCCUUUGGUGAUGUCCUAGUAUAUUCGAGAUAUAAAAGCUUUUGCCUUCUUAUCAUUAGUGAGGAGGGUUCUGUCUGAGGAAAAAACGGUUAUUUUCAAAGAUGGUAUAUCUGAAGAAUUUAUUUCCAGGCCGCUUCAAACCAAUCUCGAUUCCUCUUCUCCUACUGAGUUUCACUAAAUUCUCCCUUAAGAACUCCACCUUAUCCAGCUGUUCCUUUUGGGUGGUGAUCAACGCCUGAAACUCCAUUCAGAGCAAGUACAAGGAGGGACUAUUGGAUCCGAUGAUUGAGCGGUUAGAUAUGAACUCCAAAUAGACAAAAGUAUCAAAAGCCAACAGUUGGACCAUUCCUCUAGGCAAAUUAGCUUCCACUAUUUGGAAGCGCAGGCACAAUAACCAGGAGCUAAACUCAGAUUCCCGAUAGAAUUCACCAGCGUGGACCAUAGCAAACUAUAAAUUUCUUAAACUCUUAUACAAUUUGGGAGCAUAAGCACAGUAAUCACGGAAUUAAAUCAAACUCCAUACACAAAUCAGUAGCAACAGUUUGCAGGGUACUUAAGAGACCUGUGCAGCAGGAAUAGGAGCGGAAAGAAGCCUCUUUUCUGUUCAUUAAGUUUUCAAAGCAUUCUUUGAUGCGUAGCGGCACAGAAGCAAAGAUAAGCAACCAUCAAAUGAUGAUAAAUUUCGAGCGUUCAGAAGAAAACUCCCUAAAUCUGUUGUCUAUUGCUGGCCAGUCGAAAUGCUUUUGACUUUUUGGCAGCCCCUCGUUCAAAGAUCCAAUCCACUUUAUUAUUCAUGCAUAGUAUUCUUCUCAAAAUUGAAUAACGUACAAAUAUUAGUCUCCUUUCAUUUGGAAUACUAUUGAAUAGGAGAAGUUUCCUUUGUGUUCUGAAUGCUAGUGACUUCUAUUUCUGACAAGGCGGAGUACUAAUUAUCCUUUUUUACAUUCAAAGGCAGCUUCUGAUAAAAUUUUGAGAUCAAGUCAAAUUCCAUUCCAAUUGAUCGUAGUAUCAACUCAAUUUUUCAUUUAAGUAUUUCUUAAUUAUGAAAUAAACAACAUGAAACUGGCUAGAACUCCAUUAGAAUAUUAUUUGUGAAUAUAACGCAAAAAUAGCAAAAAUGGCGCAUUUGACCAUCAAUAUUCAGUGCUGACUAUAUUUUUUUGUCAAAACAAAAUUCUUUCAUUGCAUUUUUCAAUUGAAACACGUGAAUUUCUUCUCAUUCUAGACGAAUGGUGCCUUUCAGUUGCUUAACUCAGUGUACACCCUGCCGUUUUAAUAUAUUUUCUAAACACCGAUUCUCUGUAAAUUGGCUUGGGAUCGCGAGAUCUAGAAGGUCACAUGUCUUUUCCGACUUUGGUUAAUGGAAAAGUAUGCAUUGGAAGGACGCUAGCACUUUAUUUCAUCGAAUUAGCAAUCUUUGAAAAGAAUUUCGCAUAAAUUUGUAGAUUAAUUCUGCUUAUUAUUCAAUCUAUAUGAAACUCGUAAUUUCCAUUGAAUGCAACCCAUCAAAGCAUCAUGCUACCACUGAAAUUUUGAAUCAUGCUAACGUCAUCAUUUUUCUCUGAAUUGGGUCAGUUGUAUGGAGUACGUUCAAUUUUAUUUUUUCUUUCCCAAAAAUAAAUUACCUCCAUCCAUCAAGCCCCCUACGUUAUAUAUUUUUAUGUGUGAACACUGAAUUUUCCGCCUUAUGAUUGUAUAUUCACGGUGAUUUUUUCCACGUCUUAGGCUGUUUGAAAUAUCCGCUUGUGGAGAAAGUACCACCUGAAAACAGGAAAUUGCCUUCAAUUUAAAUUUAAUUCGUAUUGACAUAUAAAACGGAUAUAGCGUAAUGUUAUUUUUCUAAUUUCAUGAUGAUAUAUUCCCCGAUUGGAAGAAUGACUUUGAUGUUUCGUAAUUUGGUCAAUAAUAGUGGCAAUUUGCACUAAACUUUCCAUAUUCAUCGAAUCACAUUUGUAAGUGGAAAAAUAGAUCCCUAAGAUAAAGUUGAAUACCGCUUCUCAAUCGUUUUUUAUUUACUCUCUAAGUUCUCUACUACAGUGUUAUUAAAAUACGUUAAUACAUUUGCUUCCCUUUAUGGAACUGUAUCGAAAUACAGCCUUAGCUUCGCACAUUGCUGAGCACAUGUGACAUUCCAUUCGUGAAUUAAAACAUUUUUGAACAUUGUUUUGGGUGUAAUGCUAUGCUCUCUUACUUUGUGCUUUGGAGUACCCCAAAGGUGUUCGAUGGGGUUCAGAUCUGGGGACUGGGUCAGCCAAUCUAACAAGGCAAUGCUAUUCUUUCUAGACCACCCAUUGUGGUCGCUGAUUUGUAAUAGGAUGAGUUAUCUUGUUAGAAUUUAACUCAAUUCGGUGUUAUCGAAAAUGUUCGUUAACGGAGUCAUCAAGUCAGUUUCAAACACAUUUAUAUAUUUUUCACUCUUCAGCCGACCUUCAGAAAAGACUAGUUCACUGAUGCCACUAACAACCAUAUAUUUUAACAGCAGAAAACUAUUUCCUCCGUGUAUGACAGUAGACAUCUCGCAAUCUGGAUAAUAUUCUUCACCAACAUUAUGUCUCACGAAGGUCUCACUUUCGACGACGAAAAAACGAAAAUUACUUAUUUCCGAAUUUGGUCAUAAUUUUCUUGAUUGCAGAUAGAAUAUUUAAGAAGGCGACCGCGUUUUCUUUUCACUUUUGAUCUAACCUGUCUCAUUGAACGUUUUAAUAGCAGACUGAACUGGUUAUUUUUUCGCAAAUUUCCUGUAAUAUUGUGUUUCCUCCAUUCUACACAUUUGGCCACCAUCCAGUUAGUGUUUUCGACGCUCCUGUGACCGACCCUUCUAAAACAGUCCAGAGGUGUUUGGUGUGGUUAGGUGUGGAUAUUGGAGAGGACAGUCUAAUAUUUUUGUCCCGCACUCCUGGAUCAUUGCCCUGUCGAAUGACAAUAUCUGAAGCAUUAACCGUUAAACCUUCCAUGAUAUCAAACAAAUGAUCCUGUAGAACCUUAGUAUCGGGGUCCGUUGUCAUUCUCCCUUCAAUAUUCUCCAAUUUCAUAGCUGCUAAAACCAUUCACGGCCAUCCGAUCCAAAACGCUUUAUUUUGGUCCAAUUCAGUCAUAUAGCUUUCCCGCAGUCAUUUUCCGCUCAGGUUUUCUACUAUUUUUGAGAACAUCAAUCGCAAUUUCUGGUGUUUCUCUGUUAGCAAGAUUUCUUAACUUUUGCAGGCCUUCUCAGACUAGCAUUUCGCAGUGUUGCUCGCACAGUUUCUGAGAAUAUUUCCAGUUUGUCAAUGUCUUGAAGGCUGUGGCGUAUUUCUACUGCAUUUCGGUAUUUGUCGCUUCUUAUAUCCCUCACCAGCUCCUGCUCUAAGACUUAGCUCUGGAUCCGCCUUGGAUGGAUUUGGAUUUUUUACAGGCAAAUCGGAGAUUUGUUGUCGAAUUUUGCUUACCACCCCUAUAAAGGUUCCAACUUCUAUUGUAAUCUGCCAAUGCGUUUCACCACUAUGCAGCAUAUCUUUAAUUUCCUUACCUUUAAAUUUAUGUAACAUUUUUAAUUUGACACCUUUCUAAAAAGCAAACACCGCUGUCGACCAACAGUCUUUACUCUAUGCGAGAAACUCACAAAAUUGAUCACGCGAUCAUUCGUCACACAAUCUAAAAUUCUUAGUUCUGACUUAACUCAGGAAGAUGUUGGUAAUGGUCAGUUUGUCAGCUUGAUUCGAUCUAAAACUCUGUUCAAGCGCGACGAUGGUCCUUUUAAUUUUUGAGAACAAAAAUUUCAAUUCAAAUCAACAUAUUCCAUUGAAUGCUGCAUACCGUAAUAAAUACUAAUUUUGUUUUAGCCAUGGGGGGAGGGGGCUUGAAUCCGCAUCGAUUUUAUAAUAAACCGAACCAAUUGGGGAAUCCUUUUAGAGAAACGCCCAUUUUUCGUAAAUUAGGACUAGGGCAGAAGUAACUAUUCAAACGUUGACUCGUCUCGGCCCUGCCAGCAACAUGACCAAAAGGUCCAAGGUGUUCGCUCCCUUAUAUGGUGUGGGUGAUAAUCAUACUCAGGACGAAAAGUAUCUAGCUCAAGCCAAACCUGACCGAAUCAAAAAUAACACUCUGAGGCCGCAUCGGCUUGAUCACAGACCGAACUCAUUAAAUAGAUAUAUGCUCAUUGGAAUUCAUUUUAUAGGAAU